UUCAAUAAAAAAUGGAAUACUUGUAGCAGGACAAAAGCCAAAUUUGAAGCUAAGUAUAGUAGUUGGCUUGAAGGAGUUUUUCACUUCAAUUUAGAUGUAGAGUGUGCUUCUGUUUCAAAAAAAAUUACAAAAAGAGUCGGUAGACCUCAAAAAAAGUUUGAGAAUUGCUGUACGCGUGCUAAACGAUAUAAAAUAAGUCAAGUUCGUUCAUUAUAUUCCGAUGAGCAAAUUAAAAGUGCUGCUAAAUCACGCACAAAGGCUCCAAAAAUGCACCAUAUCGACGCUGACAAAGCACUUGCUAUAUUUAUACAAACGGAAAUGUCGAAAUACCAAUACCAAGUUUUGAGACAAGGUUUAAAAAAAGAGGGCCACGACAUUCUUCCUCCUUAUAGUAAGAUUUUGGAUGCGAAGAAAAGGUGUUAUCCUGAAAGCAUGACAAUUACGGAUACUUCAGCGUCUAUUGAUUUACAAGAACUUAUAGACCACACAGCAAAGCGGCUGCUUCAUUCGAUGACUGAGGAUGAAAUCGCUGAAAUUGACGAUGAAUCAUUAAUAAUGUAUUCUAAAUGGGGUUGUGAUGGUGCGUCUGGACAAUGCGAAUACAGCCAAAAACUUGGUGAUAAAGAGUUAUGUGAUUCUAAUCUAUUUAUGACAUCAAUAGUGCCAUUAAAUUUGUCCUGUCGAAUAAACAACAACGUAGUAUGGAAAAACGAACGUCCUUCUUCUACGAGAUAUUGUCGAUGUAUCCAAUUUCAAUUCGCAAAGGAAACCCCUGAAAAGAUUCGAGCUGAAAAAAAUAGAGUAGAUGCGGAAAUCGCACAAAUACAAGAUUCAGUUGUUGAUAUACGAAAUCGAGUUUUUAAAGUUCGGCAUGAGUUUUUCUUUACAAUGUUGGAUGGCAAAACGGCUCAAGCUGUAACCGAAACUCCUGCAUCUUCUUCUUGCUUCAUAUGUCUCGCAACCACAUCUCAAAUGAAUUGCUUAGAAAAAAUUAAAGCUCGGCCUAUAAAUCCUGAAGCUAUCAAAUUUGGUAUGUCUCCUUUACACGCGCGUAUCAAAUUUAUGGAAUACAUUUUACAUAUAGCAUAUAACUUACCAAUAAUAAUGAAUUUGCGGAGAAAACUGGACUUAGAUUAGAUAUGGUAAAGCAAGGUAAGGGAACUACCAAUGAUGGCAACACAUCCAGGAGAUUUUUUGCCAAUCCUGC